AUGGCCAGGGUACCGUGGGCAGUGUCUAUGCUGUUACUACUGGUGCUCCACCCUCCCAGGGUGUCCACAGCCCCCACCCAGCAUCUGUGUGGCUCCCACCUGGUGGAUGCCCUCUACUUCGUUUGCGGCGAGCGGGGCUUUUUCUACAGUCGAAACCGUCGCUUCAAGCGGGAUCUAAAUCAUCUGCUGGGUAAGGCCGUACGGACACUGGGAACAGUUUGACUUCUCUGGUUUGACUUGUGCAAAAUAAGUUAUAAUUGUCCCCUCGGUAGUGGGAGUUCAGAAAGGAACAGCGUGACAUUGCCCCAAGUCCCUGGGCUUGCUUUGUGUUUCUGCCCACAAUGUUCAAAGUUUAAACUCAGUAUAAUGAGAAUGCCAAUUUAGAUCCUAGCUGGAAAAAAAAACAUGUUUACAUACAAAAUACUGGAAAACCUCUUGCAGACAAACCUAUGUAUGUGUCCGUCCAAUCAUUAGUGUGAAAAACUGAUCCUAGCCUUUUAAAUCCAAUAGUGUGGCUGGGCGUUUGUUGUCCCACUUUUCCUUUCUCAUCUAUGAUGUGACAAAUCCAGUGAUCACGAAUCUUGUGAAACCCCCUAAAUACCCCAUUUCGUCAUUCCAAAAACACAUUAUUAGGAUUUUCCACCUCAAACAGCCUAUUGAUGUUUUGAAGUUAACUUCAAAAGUGUAAGCUCUGAUACGCCUCUGCUGGAGCGCUGCCAUAUCGCCUCCCUAAGUAGAAAGUAAAAGGGCUAAACAGAGUGAACAGAUAAGAUUAUCUAACCAUUAAGUCUGCAUUAAAGUGCCACAGUAUAAAUGGUUGCUUAAUAAACUGGAGGUCUGAACAGAUGAGGCAAUACUUAACACAUGGCUUUGGGAACUUUCUGUUCUUUACAGGGUUCUUGUCUAAAAGGACCAGACAGGAGCAGUGGCUGAUGAAGGCUGGUGACGAGCCCAAGGUGAAGAGAGGCAUCGUGGAGCAGUGCUGUCAUAAGCCGUGCAGCGUUUACCACCUGGAGGGUUACUGCGACUGA